CAUCUCCUCAAUGCCUCUAAGAUAGUUCUCCGUGAUCUCCGCUUCCGCUACCUCGCUGCCAAGUGUCUUGGGUUAUCAUUUGAAAGACAAGGGAAGAGAAAGUCAAAGCAACAAAGGGCUUCAAGGGAAAAAAUAAUAAAUGCUUGAGAAAAAUUGGAGACAUUCUUAUAAGAGAACCAAGCAACCUUUUUUUUUUUAAAAAAAAAAAAAAAGCCAAGAUAUGCUAAAUCGAAAGUAGUUAAAUCAUAUGGAGAAUGGUCCAAUAUGGAGAUAAAAACGUGCCACAUUGUUCACGGCUGAUAAUGAAUUGUGAAUAGUGUGGCUUUAAACAAGGAAGAGCUCAAGGAAUGGGAUCAAUGCCUCUUAAUGCUGGGUGAGGCUAAAGUGGAUGAACAAGGCAAUGUUUCAGACACAAAGGAUUCUAAUGUCAUGUACUUGGAUAAAGAUGGUGAAGACCGUGAGAUCAAUAUAUCUUCUGCAAUAUGUUUCUUAAGAGGCAAAGCACAUGAAGCUCUAGAAAACCGUGCCCAGGCGCGAUUGUGGUACAAAGCUGCCAUAAAAGCUGACCCUUUAUGCUAUGAGGCCCUGGAAUGUCUUAUUGAAAAUCACAUGCUCACGUGUGAGGAGGAAGCAAAUUUGAUUUCAUCACUGCAAUUUGGUAGUGAAGAUGGAUGGCUUUCAUCAUUCUAUUCAUGCUUGAUAAAGAAGUAUGAGAAGGAAAAUGUUGUGGAAGCCAAGUUUCGAGACCUUGAGAACACAAGCUGCAAAAUUGACCAAUCUAAUCCUUCCUUCCUGCGUACACUGAAAACCAACACUGACCUAUUAGCCUGCAAAGCUGAAUACUACAAUCAGUGUGGUGAAUAUCAGAAAUGUUUUGAGUUAACAUCUGUUCUGCUUGAGAAGGAUCCUUUCCAUAACAAGACUACCUUAGUACAUCUGGCAGCUGCAAUGGAGCUUGGACAUUCAAAUGAGCUCUAUCUGAUGGCAUGCAAUCUUGUGAAGGAUUAUCCUCAAAAGGCGUUAUCUUGGUUUGCGGUUGGUUGCUAUUACUAUUGUAUCAAGAAGUAUGACCAGUCCCGUCGAUAUUUCAGCAAGGCAACAAGUCUAGAUGGAACAUUUGCACCAGCCUGGAUAGGCUAUGGGAAUGCUUAUGCUGCUAAAGAAGAGGGUGAUCAAGCUAUGUCGGCUUACCGAACUGCAGCUCGUUUAUUUCCUGGGUGCCACUUGCCGACUCUUUACAUUGGAAUGGAAUGCAUGCGAACUCACAGCUAUAAGCUUGCUGAGCAGUUCUUUUUGCAGGCUAAGGCGAUUUGCCCCUCAGAUCCACUUGUAUUUAACGAACUUGGAGUUGUUGCCUACCAUAUGCAAGAGUAUAAUAAAGCAGUAUGGUGGUUUGAGAAAACAUUAGCCCUCAUCCCAUCCUCUUUAAGUGAAAUGUGGGAACCAACUGUAGUUAAUCUUGCCCAUGCCUACCGGAAAUUGAAGAUGUAUGAUGAAGCGAUUUCAUACUACGAGAAAGCACUUGCAUUAUCAACAAGAAGCUUGAGUACGUAUGCUGGUUUAGCAUAUACGUACCACUUGCAGGAUGACUUCACUACAGCUAUUACUUACUAUCACAAAGCUUUAUGGCUCAAACCAGAUGACCAGUUCUGCACUGAAAUGUUAAGUUGGGCUCUAAUGGACGAAAGCCGAUGUGGUGUGCCGAUUAUCCCUUAGUUAAAUUCUGGUGAACUGUGAUUGAGUUUCUAAGGGGGUAGCUAUAUUCACCUCGUUACGUGUGUGUGUGUGUGUGAGAACCAUGCAUUAAUGUCAAGUUAACGCAUGGCAAUUCUUAUAUCUUGUAUUGUAAGUUAUAGUGGAGGCAAUAUUUAUUUUGUUGAUAUUUUGCAAUAUGUAAUUGAUCGAUAGUUUUUCUCCUUA